GGACGAGCCCCGAGGGCGCCUGCCCAAGAUCGGCCGCCCGCUUCCCCCUUCCCCCGAGCAGCGACCGCGCAGACGCCCGGGGAGACCCCGCAAGUUCCCUUGCCUGGAAGCCCCCCCUCAGCCAGAGGGUGGUGAAGUGGAGCCGGCUGCCUCCUCGCCGAGCAUCCCCCAGGGGGACCCGCAGAGUUCCGAGGCGGCCAGCUCCUCGGGCUCCGUCCCUGCCACCAGUGGCAGCCUCGCGGAAGUGGCCGUGAGCCAGUCCGAUUCGGAGAACAGGGACCCGUCCUCCCGCGACAAGCCCGAAGUGAUUCCCCGCCGACGGGGCCGGCCCUCCCAUCGGUUCCUGGGCAAGAAGUACCGCAAGUACUGCUACAAGUCUGCCAGGCCGUUGAUGCGCCCCUACUUGUGCCGGAUUUGUGGCUCUCGCUUCCUGACUCACGACGACCUGCGCUUCCAUGUGAAUUCCCACGAGGCUGGAGACCCCCAGCUCUUCCGCUGCCUGCAGUGCAGCUAUCGCUCCCGGCGCUGGUCCUCUCUGAAGGAGCACAUGUUCAACCACAUGGGUAGAAAGCCCUACAAGUGCGAGGAGUGCGACUACACCAGCGUGUACAAGAAGGAUGUCAUCCGUCAUUCUGCUGUGCACAAUCGUGACAAGAAGAAGCGAGCUGACCCGGCUCCCAAGCGGAGCUCCUUCCCCUGCCCAGUGUGCAGUCGAGUCUACCCGAUGCAGAAGCGGCUCACCCAGCACAUGAAGACGCACAGUUCUGAAAAGCCCCACAUGUGUGACAAGUGCGGGAAGUCUUUCAAGAAGCGCUACACUUUUAAGAUGCACCUGCUGACCCACAUCCAAGCUGUGGCAAACCACAGGUUCAAGUGUGAGUUCUGCGAUCACGUCUGCGAGGACAAGAAGCUGCUGCUCAAUCACCAGCUCCUGCACAUCAACGACCGGCCCUUCCGCUGCAGCCUGUGCUCCUACGCCACCGUCCGCGAAGACUUCCUGCUCUCUCACGUGGCGGUCAAGCACACAGGUGGGAAGCCCUUUGCCUGCGAGCUCUGCCACUUCACCACGAAGCACAAGAAGAACCUGCGCCUCCACGUCCAGUGCCGCCAUCCGGAGAAUUUUGAGGAGUGGGUGCAGCGCCACCCGGAGGAGCCCCCCUGUCGCCGCCGCCCUUUCUUCACCCUUCAGCAGAUUGAGGAACUGAAGCAGCAGCACAGCCAGGGUCAAGCGGCCACGGAGGCCGCCACGCCCAGCCCAUCUCAGGUGGCUUCCCAGUCAGCGCAAGGACCCCCUGACCCUUCGCAGGAGCCCUUGGAGGGGGCCACCCUUCUCUAUGAGCCAGAGGUGGAGGGCUCGGCAGAGCUGGCCACGCAAACCGCAUUGGACCUUCUGCUGAACAUGAGUGGCCAGCGGGAGCUGCCAGCCAGCGCUCUGGAGGUGGCUGUGGUGAAAGCCGUGAAGAAGAGCUUCUCCAAGGGCUCCGAGUCCCAGGACCAGGAGGAGGAGGAGGAGGAGCUGCAGGCCAGUGUCCUGACCCUCCAGGUGACAGAGCAAAGGGAGGCCUUGGUGCAAGAGGCCCUCGCCCAGCCCUCCACAGGCGGCUCCGAGCUCCAGCAGAUCGCCAUUCCCUUCUGCGGUGCCUCUGAGUACAGCAUUGUUGCCCCCGGCGGGGAGGUUGCCAGCACGCUCUACAGGAAGGAGGAGGCUUCUGGUGAAACGGUGCAGACUGUGAUGCAGGACUCCCUGAAGGGCCCUGCAACUCUGGAGGGGCCUCAACCGCCACAGCAGCCGCCUUCUGAGGAGCAGAUAAACGGGGAGCCCCUGGAGACUCUCCCCGGCGUCCGGUGGCCCAUGGUGCGUUGCCUGACCUGGCAGGUCCAGGAGCAGCAGGAGCCAGAGGCCGGUGUCCCGCUGGGCCCGGCUGCAGCCCUUGUGCAAGCCCCCCCCGCCAAGAAAAGCCAGCCGGGCAAGGCCCCCCCGGCCAAGAAGUUCUCCUGCAAGAUCUGCACCGCCACCUUUGCGGGCCGAGCGGAGAUGGAGAGCCAUAAGAGGGCCCAUGUGGGGCCCAGUGCCUUCAAGUGUCCCGAUUGCCCAUUCACGGCAGCAGCAUGGCCAGAGGUCCGGAGCCACCUGGAUCAGCACGCCAGCCUGCGGCCCCACAAGUGCCAGCACUGCAGCUUUGCUUCCAAGAACAAGAAAGAUCUGCGCAGACACACUUUGACACACACCAACGAGAAGCCCUUUGCAUGCUACAUAUGUGGCCAGAGGUUCAACCGGAACGGCCACCUCAAGUUCCACACGCAGAGGCUGCACAGCUCCGAAGGAAGGCCGGCCUCUGAACCGGUCCCCGCAGCGUCCCAGACCAUCAUCCUGAACAGCCAUGAGGAGACUCUGGCCACCCUGCAGACAGCCCUGCAGUCUGGCCAAGCUGUGCUGGCCCCAGAGAGGCUUCAGCAGGCUCUGGAGCAGGAGCACAUGAUCGUGACCCAGGAGCAGGACGUCCCCAGCCAGGAGGAGGCCACCUACAUUCAGGAGAUCAUGGCCACAGCAGACGGUCAAAUGGUGCAGCAUUUGGUGACCACAGAGAACCAGGUGCAGUACAUCAUAACUCAGGAGGGCGUCCAGCACCUCCUGCCCCACGAGUAUGUGGUUCUGCCUGAGGGCCAUCACAUCCAGGUACAGGACGGCCAAAUCACCCACAUCCAGUAUGAACAAGGCAGCCCGUUUGCGCAGGAGCCCCAGAUCCAGUACGUCCCGGUGUCACCAGGGCAGCAGCUCGUCACGCAAGCCCAGCUGGAGGCUGCAGCACAUUCGGCAGUGACAGCAGUGGCGGACGCUGCCAUGGCCCAUGCCCCCUUUGGCACGGAGUCCGUGCCAGAGCAAACCCAUCAGCUGCAGCCGGGAGUUCACUAUGACAUCAUCACCCUAGCAGAGUGAAGGAGCACGCUGCCCAAGGGUGGACCUCUUUCUUGGCACUUCUGGGGCAGCCAGGAUGCCCUGGCCGGCUUGGCUAGAGGACUAGCCUUCCCUCUGGAUUGUGCCUCCAGCCACUGGCCGGCUUCAGCGGCUGCUUGCGCUCGCCCGUCCCGCGUGUGACCUGGCAGGCCAGGUGGGGCUCGCUUUUCACAGGUGCCUCCUGGAAGCGGGACAUCCGCACCAAAACUUGAGGAAGCGCCUCGACCCGGGGCAGUCUGUGGUGGACGUACUGCUGAAUAAAAAGGGCCCACCAAGUCUG